AUGACCGCGCUGGUCAGUGUAAAGGGAAAUGCAGGAUCUGGUUUGGUUCUUCGCGUCGAACUCAAGCUCUGUCCUCAGUGGCUAUAUCGCCCCGCCUCUUUUGGGCCGCUGAGAAAACCCGGAUGGGUGGAUCGCCUUCGGGCCAGGUUCCGCGCUCCCCUAGCAGUGCAGUGCACGAGGAAGGCCGGCGUUGCUGGGCGCGUUUGUGAAGUACGCGACGGUAGGAAGCUGCAACCUUCCGAGUGGGCGGGGCUGAAGGGACCAAGGAGGGUUCAAAGGAGGUGGAGGGAUACACGGGCCACAGUCGGAACUACAUUCAGGAGGAGGUCACGUGUGUUCUUAGUUGGGGAACUUUCCAAAUUCCCACUCGCUUUUGAUAUCUGCAGAGACGAGUGGUUCGCUUCCUUCGCCCAGGGUGCGCAGUGGGACCCCAGAGUCUCCCAGUUCACGGCAGAAACACUAGCUCAGAAAAACCACCUUCCAGAGCGCUGUCGAGGCUGACGCCUGGGGAGCUGGUUACACAAGCACCCACAUCCAAGCACGUGCCCCAGCCUUUCUGCACGUUGGCUGCCGCCGCUGCUUUUUGCAGACCUAGGAACGAGAGUUCUCAAGCUAGUCCCACCCUUCGCCUGCUACCCACAGAGCACACCAAAUGUGCGAGACCUGAGACUCCUACCUCUGGAUCACCUAACACUGCAUUUUUCCUUCCUUGGGAGAAGGGGCUGUGCCAUGGAGGGCUGUGUCUCCCUCGCUAGUGCCCUGGCCCUUAGGGCGAAACUUUCUGGUGCUGUGGUCUCAGGGCAAGAGGGUAUCUCUUGCCGCAGCCCGCUGCUUAAAUACACCGAUGUUGCAACUAACUUCCAGUCACUAAGUCACUAA